AUGGCAAAACUCUCAGGUCCUGUGAUCGGAGAGGGAUAUGUUGGCAGGAUCAGUCUGGACAAUAGCACUGGAUCUCUGGAGCUCUUGAAACUGACCAUUGCUGACAAUGGAGAAUACAGAGUGAUCCUAAGAGAGUCUGAUUUGAUGUAUUUGUCAAAUACUUCACUGAAUGUCUAUGAUGGACCUGAUGGUAUGGAAAUCAAGGGUCCAACUAAGAUAGAAGUAGGACAGAAGUUUACAUUGACCUGCUCUACUGACUCCAACCCCCCUGCUAGUUACACCUGGGUGCUUAACGGGACAAAGAUACCUGGACAUUCCCCUGAGUUCACUAAACAGAAGAGUGAAUACUCUGACAGUGGGGAUUACACCUGUACAGCAACAAAUGAUGUCACCGGAAACAAAAUAUCUGUGGUCCUUAAACUGUCAGUAAAAGAUGCACUGUAA